GGCGGACAAUCCAUCAGCCCAUCAAGAACAAUGACUACUGUCUUGCCGAGAGAAGAAGAAGCUUACCUGGGCGAACUCGUCACACGGCUCACAGGCAACCUAGGAUCCAGACUCGUGGGCGUCUACCUCUUCGGCUCGGCGAGCACCUCCGCGUACGAGCCCGGUCGGAGCGAUCUCGACGUUCAGGCGGUAGUCGAGGAGCCCCUCACUCCUGGCGAAAAACAGGCCAUCAUACAACGCCUCACCCAGCAAGUCCUGCCAUGCCCGGCCAGAAAGCUCGAGUUCGUCGUCUAUGCGCGGGGCAGCGUUAACCCAGCCAGCCGCCACCCCCGAUUCGAAAUCAAUCUCAACACGGGGCCCCACGAGCCUGACCACGUGUGUCUCGAUCCAGAAGGCGAGUCAAGCCACUGGUUCCUGCUCGAUAUUGCCAUGGGAAGCGCCUCCGGUCGCUCACUCCAUGGUCCUGCUGUGGCUGACGUCUUCGCGCCUAUCCCCCGCCGCUGGACACUCGAGGCAAUCGCCGACUCUCUUGAGUGGCACAGAGCAAAUGAGCUCACCUCGGCCAACAGCGUCCUCAACGCCUGUCGCGGCUGGCGAUAUAUAGCCACCAACACAUUUGGGUCCAAGUUGGCCGGAGCAGAGUGGGCGCGUCAAAGAGAAGACUGUCCAGCAGUUGUCGAGCGCGCAGUAGCGGCACGCAAGAUGGGUGAAGCGCUCCCAGCCGUUGAUGUGGGCCGGCUUUACGAUCUUGUGAUUGCGGCGAAUCGAUCUGCGCUUGAUGAGGUUAUAUAAAGUUGAAUAAUCGGUCGUUGCGUGUUCUAAGAGGAAAUGCAGUCUUUCGAGCCCUCACGAGUGGAUUCGUUAUUCAAGAACUUUGUCAGAACUCAGCGUACAGUCUAGGGGGCGGCAGAUGAAGAACGUGAUUCAAGACGCCAGAAGGUCAGGAUGGACCAAGAACUCGAUUCUUCCCAUCACGAAAAAG